UGCCCACUUGUCCAUCCAUCCCCUGUCUUGUAUGUAUGUAUGUAUGUAUGUAUGUAUGUAUGUAUGUAUGUAUGUAUGUGUGUAUGUAUGUAAUAACCGUGUGUUUUUGUUCUCCGAUCGUCGGCUAUAAGUGGAGAGAGAAGACCGGAGAGCUCAAGGCCCCGGGGGUGAUGAUUGAUUGAUAAGAAAGUUGUCGCACAGAGCACAAGAUCAGAAGAAGAAUAAUUUCUCUGCCAGGUCAGAUAGAUACAUAGCUAAGAUUCCAGAUAGAUAGAUACCAGAUAAUAAAAAAAAAAUUCAAGGUAUGUUACACCACAACGGCUUUUCACACACACAAAUAAUCUUCUACAGCAUUUACCUACUGACAUCCAUCUCUAACAAUUUAAUAGCAUCAAUCGCAAUCAUGACCACCGAACAGCCGCUUCCAUUCGUUUACCAGUUCGCUGCUGGUACGUGGACCCCUCUUCCCAUUUCUUGAAAUUGAAUCUUACAAUCUCUUUCUAGGUGCCAUUGCUGGUGUAUCUGAAGUGAGUUCUUUCCGCUGCAUAUCCUGCGCAGCUUGCGGAAUGUUAGGACUAAUUUGUUGAAAUUGCGAUAGAUUCUUGUUAUGUAAGUGUCCCUCGUAAGAAGACAAGCAAUUGCUAGUGCACAUACUAACCAACACAGGUACCCGUUAGAUGUCGUAAAGACUAGAGUGUGAGUCCCGACUUUCUCGACUUUCUAUACGCCAGUACAUCGAAUAGAAUACUGACGGGAAAUAGACAACUGCAAACUAGUUCCGUUGGACCGGAUGGAUACAAUGGCAUGGUGGAUUGCUUCAGAAAGAUCAUUAAGAAUGAAGGGUAUGUUCUUCUGGAAUGCUCUGUCUCUCCCAGCGGACGACGUGUACUGACAUUCUAUGCAAAGUAUCUCGCGAUUAUACCGCGGAAUCGAAGCCCCGAUCCUAAUGGAAGCUCCCAAACGUGCCACCAAAUUCGCAGCCAACGAAUCAUGGGGAAAAUUCUACCGCGACAUAUUCGGCGUCGCCAAACAAAACCAAUCUCUCGCAAUCCUCACCGGAGCCACCGCCGGAGCAACCGAAUCAUUCGUAGUCGUCCCCUUCGAACUCGUCAAAAUCCGUCUACAAGAUCGUGCCUCCGCAGGAAAAUAUUCCGGAAUGGUAGACUGCGUGAGCAAAAUUGUGAAAGCCGAGGGACCACUAGCUCUAUACAACGGACUAGAAAGUACAAUGUGGAGACACAUUUUAUGGAACGCCGGAUACUUUGGAUGUAUCUUCCAAGUCAAGGCAUUGAUGCCCAAGCCCGAAAACAAGAAGCAGGAAAUGGUAGUCAACAUGAUUUCCGGAGCCAUCGGUGGAACCACCGGUACAAUUCUCAACACACCCAUGGAUGUCGUUAAAUCGCGCAUUCAAAAUAGUCCCAAGGUUGCCGGAUUAGCACCAAGAUACAACUGGGCCUGGCCAGCUCUCGGAACCGUCAUGAAGGAAGAAGGUUUCGCUGCACUCUACAAGGGAUUCUUACCCAAGGUCCUCAGAUUAGGUCCCGGUGGUGGUAUUUUACUGGUUGUCUUUACCGGAGUCACUGAUUUCUUCAGGAAAAUGCGCGAUGAGAAGGGAUUGUAGAUUUGUCCAUCUGGUCGUGAGAGCAGGAUAGAUAGAGAAUAGAGAAAGAUGUGAGGUACCCAAUUUUAUCUUGUAUAUAUCAUUUGAAUAAAAGCGCCGGAAAUACUUAUAGAGCAUUACGAGGAAUUCAAGGUCCAAUAGAUAUCAUCCGAUAUAGAUCGAGCAUUGAUCACGAAAAUC